AUGAUGAUAUCGCGUGUGGGUUUGCUAAACAAGCAGACUAUUGGCUUGGUAUCGAGAAAUGCGUUAAAUUUGUCAAGACCUAAAAGUAUAGCUUCAAUAUCAUUGAUAAAUAGAUCAUUACUAUUUCAGACAGCUACUGUUUUGUCUAGGAGAUCUAUAUCAACCGUGAAAACAACAUCGGAUGAAGAACAAGAGGCACUUGUAGCUCAGCGCAGAAAUAGACCUGUAUCACCACAUUUGCAAAUUUAUCAACCACAAUUAACAUGGAUCAUGUCUAGUUUCCAUAGAAUUACCGGUGUCGCAAUGGCUGGCGCUUUCUACGCCUUGACAUGCACUUUUGCCGCUACUUCAAUACUUGGAAUUCCAUUCGACACAAACACUUUGGUCUCUGCUUUUACAAGUUUACCUGUUUUUUUGCAGUAUAGCAUUAAAGCUGUUUGUGCUUACCCAUUUAUUUAUCAUUUCGGUAAUGGAUUAAGACACCUUAUUUGGGAUUUCGGUAAAGAGUUGACUAUUCCUGGUGUUUACAGAACCGGUUAUACCGUGUUGGGUGCAACAGCUAUAAUUGGUACCUAUUUGGCCUUCUUCUGGAACUAA